GAGUGCAUCAGCUCUGUGGUUGUCUGUUCAGACGCUGUGCAGGACUAGUGGCUCAUUACAGUCCGUGGCAGAGUGUUUGUCAAAAGGAAGCAACAUUCCUCAGCUUCAGAAUGGGACUGCUUCACUAAGUCCUGACAGCCCCUGUGGUUCCUGCAUACCUAUUAGUGUACAGACUGUUACACUACUCUGCCAGAUGGAAACUUCAGCAGCACUCUGACAGGAACAGAAGCACAGAUACUGGAUCAUAUUGGACCAGCAGUAAAAUAAACACAGAAUGGUUCGAGGAGUGUGUCUGGGAUUUUUGGAUGUAAUGUUGGUCUCCCUCCUGCUGUGCUCUGUCACAGGUUUGUUGCUGAUGGAUCAACGCAGAGAUGCAGAGGAUGACCAGGAACUCAACAAAGCUAUUUUGGAAAUGCUACAUAUCAAUAAAGUGUCUGCGAGCCAUCAGGCCAAACCACAUCCCUACAUGAGGAGGAUCUAUCAGCGUCUGGACUCACUGGAGGCUCAAGACUUUGGGAGAUCAGAUGGGACGCUGGUGCAGAGUUUUCGGAGUGUUGUCGGUCCAGAUGCGGCUCCUCCAGGCUGGAUCUGGUUCAACGUCAGCAGUUUGAACCCUUCCAUGCUGGGUGCAGAGCUGGUCCUGUUCAGAAAAACCCUCCAUCCUCGUCCCCUCAGCGUGACUGUCACCCUGCACAGUGUCACUGCUUCACGUGGGGCGCUCCAGGAGAGUCCAGCUCUGGAGGAGAGACUGCUGACCCUGGACCAGCGGCCCUCGUCUGGAUAUGAUGUGUUUGACGUGUCAGCUGUUCUGGCCGUGAGGCCUGUUGAGUUGGUGGGCUUUCAGUUGCGUUAUACAGAUGAGAGUGGGAGUCUGGUCCUUCAUGACGCCCUGACACAGAGUCUGUAUUGUCUGAACAGGGGCUCUCUGAGUGAACCCUUACUGGUGCUUUACCAAGCACACCCCCUCCACAUCUAACUCUGUCACUGGGACCACUGUACAGUGUUACAAUGACAUGUGAAGCUGAUAUAUAUAUAUAUAUAUUUUAUAACACAUCUAAGUUUCAAGUGAAAGUGGUGGUGCACUAAAUGUCUAACCUGAGACUGGGGGAGUUGAUACUUGACAUGACAGUGUUACAAUCAUGAAAGUUUACUGCCCUCCAGUGGACAAGUGAGUAACUUCAACACAACAUUAAUCCAAUCGGCCAAUACAGCUAACAGUUAUUGUUAUUAUUGUUAUUAUCAGUAACAAUAUCAGUAACACCAGUAACACCAGUAUUGCUAACAGGUGUAUUAAUACAGAGUUUUAUAUAAAAAGUUUGGAUACAAUUGUAGUUUCUUAUGCAGAUACUGAAUUGUGAAAAAUUCUUCCUUUGAAGAUUUUCAAAGUAAAAGAUGGUGAUUAAAUGAUAAUCAACAAGAAUUGUUAAGGGUCAUGUUGAUUGAAUAAAACUCCA